CGAAAACCAAGUUAUCUUUCUAUUUCACAUCUCGGACUCUCAUCAGUUUGGAUUCAGUACCAGUCAGUCUACAAGUGUGUAUUGUAAUUCAAAUUGAACCAAAUUUUUAUUGUAUAUUGAGGCUGAUAUUGAGAUCUAUCUGUAAGAAAGUGAAAAUGCCAAAAAAGGUGAUCACAAGGAGACAGCGCAAGGCCGCUGAAGCGAAGCGCAAGGCUGAGGAGGAGGCUCGUCAGAACGCCAAUGCCGCUGCUGCUAGUGUUGAGCGUGAGGAGGUGGUUGAGGAUGCCGAGGAUUCGGGUGACGGUGCUCAGAACUUCACUUCUCAUGACGAGCACUCACAGGAGCAGCAUGAUGAACUACUAGCUGUCGAGACGGCACCGCCCGCAUCCGCACCACCCAAGAUGAAGGAGUUCUUGGGAAAGAAAAAGUUCAAGAAACUGGAGCGAAAGAUCAAGAUGGGAAUGAAGUGUGCCAAGUCGGCUCACAAGCUCAUAGCCGAGGACUGUGAGUCGAUGCCCAUGACUGAUCCCGAUAAAAUCCCACCCAUUUUGAAGAAACUUUCAAGCACAUCAAGGUCGCACAACGCUGCGACUCUCAACCAAAUACUGAACAACACGGCGAAUUGGUACGACGACAAGGGCCCUACCCUAGAGGCAGGAGGAGAGCCAAGACCGAAAUCCGAGGAAUCUACAGUCGAUCCUAAUGGCCAGGAAAUGACACCGACGUCCGUUCUGCCCCUGGUGGCCAAAAUUUGCAAACAAAUCAAGUCGCAUUUAAACACAGUGCUGCCGAAGCGCAGCGCCUUCCUGACAAAAACAAAGGGCGUCCAGAAACGCCACCACUCGGCCGAUAGCGAGAACAGGGAACUUAAACGGUUCCUGAUUGAACAGAAAGAGCUAAGACUGGGAUCUGAGCAGCGUCCCGACUCCCAGGAGGACAGCUGCUCAGAUUCCAAUCAGACUGGAAGUUGUGUUGAGGUGCACGACAAGAACCAACAAACCGAGGGCGACUGCUAUGUGUACUACCAGGAUGCGGAAACCUCCACGCCCGAGGACUUUUACGAGGAACCGCUAGAACAAGAAGCGGAGCCAAUGCCACCGGUGAAUGUGUUCGGCAACACGGGAUACUUCAUGCUCACCGGCACCGAGGAGCAGUUGUCGCAACAGCUCGCCGACCUGGCCGCCAGGGACGUCGUCGUCCAGUCAUACCUCCUUCUGCCACCCCCGUUCAUGGACAAGGUUGAGCAGCAGCUUAACGACUUGGUCGCUAACCGGGAACAGCUCGUGGAGAAGAUGCGCAGCAAACACGGUAUGCUGGCACCCCCGCGCGAAAGGCGACAGAAGAAGUCCAAGAAGCACAAGAACUAAUCCCAAAACAUUCUACAAAACCAAUUUUAACAAAUGUAUACCUAUUUUAGUUAAAAUAAACGUCCAACGAGUGCAAGCAAGUGA